UGAUUCAAAAAUUGAAGAAAACGAAAAGAGAGGAGCAAAAUAGAUUGAGUGUUAUCUUCUUUCUCUAAUCUCUAAUGGCGGAUAAAACGAGACCCUCAGCUUACAACUCUCAUUGCUUCAAACUUGCUUCAUCUUCUUCUCUUUGAUCUCUCUGUUUCUUUCUUCUCUUUGCUUCUGCUUCUUUCUUCAGCUCUAUAAUCAUAGUAGCUAUGGCUUCUGCUGCUAAUUGUGCAGUAUGUUUUAGCAGCAACACUAACUGCCUUACUUUAUUUGAAAUCAAAAACCAUUGUCUGCCGGCUACCUUUGUUAGCAAACAACCCAACACUCUUGGGAGAAGGCUUAGAUUGUCAUCAUCUACGACCAGAAUCAAUCCACCAUCAGCCACUGCCAUAGAGAAUGAUGGGAGUCUGCUCGAUACAGUUCCAACCCCCAAAGUUAUAAUUGAUCAGGACUCUGAUCCAGAUGCCACUGUUGUGGAAAUAACCUUUGGGGAUCGCCUUGGAGCUCUUCUUGAUACCAUGAAUGCACUUAAAAGUCUCAGGUUGAAUGUUACUAAGGCAAAUGUCUAUCUGGAUUCAUCUGGGAAGCACAACAAGUUUUCCAUCACUAAGGCUAGUACUGGAAGGAAAGUUGAAGAACCAGAACUGCUUGAGGCAAUACGAUUGACGAUUAUAAACAACUUACUUCAAUAUCAUCCGGAAUCAAGCUCCCAGUUAGCAAUGGGUGCGACCUUUGGUGUUGAGCCACCAAAAGAAACGGUUGAUGUGGACAUUGCAACCCACGUAAGAGUUCGUGAUGAUGGUCCUGACCGAAGCUUGCUAUUUGUGAAGACAGCUGAUCGUCCAGGGUUGUUGGUGGAUCUUGUGAAGGCUAUCACUGAUAUCAACAUUGCAGUUGAGUCUGGGGAGUUUGACACUGAGGGGUUGCUUGCAAAGGCAAUGUUUCACGUCAACUACAAUGGUAAAGCCCUCAUCAAGCCUCUGCAGCAGGAAAUAACAUGCACACAGUUAUCCCCUGCCCAUAAACAAAACCCGAAAGGGGAAGGCAAACAAGAGAAAUCCAAUUCUCCCCGGAUGUACUCAACGAUGGAGGCCACGCUAAAUGAGCAAAACAGUGAAGCAAACCCUCCCGAUUUCCAGCCUCAGACUCUUUCGAAGAACGCCCAAAAGAAGCUUUUGAGGCAACAGAAGAACGAGGCGAAGAAAGCAGAGAAGAAAGCCCAAAUGAAAGAGCAAAAACAGAGGGAUGCAGAGAGGAAGCGAAAAGAGUGGGAGGAGAAACUGGCCGCCUUAUCCGAAGACGAAAGGGUUGAACUCAUAGAUUCAAGAAAAGAAUCGAGGAAAGAGAGAAUGGAGAAAGAGACCGAGGAAAGAGGCCAGAAAAUCCAGAGACUGACACAAGCCAAGGAGACCGGCCAAAACAUCGUCGUUGAUCUUGAAUUUUCUCACCUCAUGACACACUCCGAGAUCCACAGCCUCGUCCAACAGAUUACGUACUGCUAUGGUGUGAAUGGAAGAUGUAAUCUGCCUGCUCACCUCUGGUUGACUGGAGUGCAAGGGGAAAUGGAAACUCAAUUGCAGUUGCUCCCUGGGUUUGAUAAGUGGAUUAUUGAGAAGGAGCGACAAUCUUAUAUCGAAGGGUUUUCCGAACGGAAAGAUGAUUUGGUGUACCUUACGGCAGAUUCUGGAACCGUGCUGCAUGAACUUGAUCCCGCCAAAGUUUAUAUUGUUGGCGGAUUGGUGGACAGAAAUCGGUGGAAAGGUAUAACUCUGAAGAAAGCCAAGGAACAGGGAAUUCGUACAGCAAAACUCCCAAUUAGAGAUUAUAUGAAGAUGUCCAGUUCUCAGGUCCUUACUGUGAACCAAGUUAUAGAGAUACUCCUCAAGUUCCUCGAGACAAAAGACUGGAAAGCUUCCUUCUUUCGAGUAGUUCCUCAGAGGAGAAAAACUGAGGGCGAUUCAGGAAACUGCCAACAAGCAGAUGGAGAAGAGUUCGAGGAAAUUAAGGAAUAUGAGACGAAAAAGAGGUGCCUUGAAGUGCUUUCUCAUGACUAGAAGAGCUCACCGGAUUUUGGUUUAUGUUGACACUUCACUUCUCCCAUUACAUGCAAU